AAGACAGGUGGCCGUGAGGGCGGCGGUCGUCGCUUCAUCGUAGUCAUACUAUAUAUAUAUAUAUAUUCUACACAAUUUAACCAAUAAUACCGGUUUUUUAGCCAUCACUUUCUACCGUCGAGCCAUCCUGGUCAGACGGUGUUGUCUGCACGCACAUUUACACACGGCAAGCGCGCGCGAACGUGAACGUUGCGCAGUCGUUCGCUAGCCUCGCUCCGCGUAGCCCGCCAAGUCGACGGUCGUCCGGUUCGAACGGAUUUUUUCGACGAUAUUCUAUCGAUUUGAGAAUUAUUAUUAUUGUUCAUUAAGCCGAACGCAUUCCUUAACCAUCACCCGGUCCGAAUCGAUCAAAACGACGACGACCAGGUUUCCGUCGUGACGAUUUUCGUGUAUACCUACCCAUCUAAUACCAUUGCUGCACAUCAAAAUACUUUACAAUGUCGGACUCGACGAAAACUACUGAUGCCGCGGCGAAGGAGAAGUUUAAGACCAUUAUGGAAGAGGGGUGCAACGUGCCGGUUGAUACACAACGGCCAAAAGAAGUUCCGGAAUGGUUCGAUGCGGAAUUGUUCACCAGAGGACAAAAUUAUUUUUAUUCCAACUUCUAUGCAAUGUUUGCUUCGAAUUUGAUUGGAUUAAUAUUGGUAUUAACAGUUCCAACAAUAUUGGAUGUAUUAGUGUUCACAAAUAAAUCUUCUGAUCCUUAUACCGCUUUUAGGAGAUAUCUUGAUACCAUUAGACAUAUGCUGAGGUGGUAUAGAUACGAUGUGACAAAUUCGAAAUCAAAAUCUCAAAUGUCUGUGGCCAUUGUACACGGACUUCACUGUGCUGCUAAUCGAGUAUCGAAUAAAUCUGGACUAGGACUGCGAGUAACUCAAAAAGAUAUGUCAUUAACUCAAUUUGGAUUCAUGGGUUUACCGUUGUUGAAAAAAAAAGAAUUGGCUAUUGUAGGCACCGAAGAAGAUGAGAGGGGUAUUUUGCAUUUUUGGCGUACUAUUGGAUUCAUGCUGGGAAUUCAAGACAAGUACAACCUGUGCAACGGAUCGUUGGACGAGGUGCGUGGCACGUGCCGGCUGAUCCUGCAGGACGUUUAUGCGCCGGGCCUGCUAAACCCACCGCCCAGGUUCGAGCACAUGGUGGAGGCGCUUCUCGAAGGCAUGAAACCCAUCUCGCCCAUGCUGGACACGGAGGCGUUCAUGACGUACACCCACGAGCUGUGCGGCGUUCCCGUUCGCCGACCACUGGUCACCCGGUACAGCCGGUGGAUGUACAACAUUCAAGUGUACACUCACGCCGUGCUCCUGACCCGCGCCUGGUUGGCCGUCGUUUUCCGACCGCUGCUCAACUACAACAUGCGAUUUUCCGUGUGGCUUAACAUCAAGUUCCCGGUCGGAGCGGCGCUCCGGUUCGGCACCAAAGUCUUCCACCGGGUCCGGGACGACGCUGCGGCGCCGCACCCCACGAUGGCCGCCGCCGGCAAUUCCGUCGCCAGCAGCCGCGUCGCGAUGCAGUCGGCUGCUUAGGCCCAAAACGCCUCCGACGCGACGCCACUCGUCUGCAGGCAGUGACGAUUUAUAAAUAAUAUUAUAUUAUUAUCUUAUAUUUUUAUAUACAGUCGAUAACCGUUCGAUUUUUAGCGUAGGUAUAUAUCCAGCUCCACCCCCUCGCCGCCAAAGAAAUCGUCCGACCGGUCGAUAGUUUGCAGGGUUAGAGACCAGACGAGAAUAAUUGUUAUAUUGUAAUGACCAAACGUUAUUUUAUAUAUUUUAUAAAACCUCAAAACUCGCUGCUGCAGUGCUGCUGCAGAGAGUCCAUUCCCGGUACUUAUUUUUUCUUAUUCGUUUUCUGUACGUAAAAAGUAAAGGAACGCAUCUGCGACUGUGACUAGCAGUGUCCCAUAUGCAAUAAUAUGUUAAACUGAUUGAUUUUGAUCUGUCCCCUCUCACCCGCUUAAAUGAUGCGAUUCAUGCCUAGCGAAACUCUAAUUCCACCGCACUUUCGGGCUGCAGUUUAUAGAUAAUCGCCUCAUCUUGCCGUUCGUUCACGAUUUUACCGUCGAUUCCAAAUACUGCAACAGAUUUUAUGAAUUUAUAUAUUUUUUUGUCUCAAUCACUAUAUAUCAUAAUACAAUUAUGCGAGUGUAACAAUAGCAUAUAAAUAUCAUACAACUUAUAUUAUCUUAUUAUGGACCUAUUGAGGGUCAUUUAGAAGUCUACUCAAAUUUAUUAAUUAAAUUAAUUGUACAUUUUAUUCCAUUUUUGUUGGUAUUUUCGAUUAUCGUGAAUAAUGUUGUGCAAAUUUAAAGUCUCUCUGUACGUACACCUCCGUCCCCCCUGUUCCGGGAUUAAAAGUGUACCGAUAUCAAUCACGAGCUUUGUUACUGUAUGUACGUAUUUGGAUCGUUGAUUACGCAAUAUUAUUAAGUUCGUAUUGAGGCGUUAUUUAUAAAUCAUGUUUAUGCCAUUAAAUCGACGUGCCCAUAUAAUAUUUGUAUAGUGAAUAAAUUAUAAUCUACUACUUAUUAGCGUGUAAGAAUACGAGUAACUUACGAGUAUUUGAGUGUCAAUUUAAAUUCGUUUUCUCUCUAAAGAUGGAUUUAAACAGGACGAAAAAUAUUCCGGAAACUUUACUGGGGAGACGCAAAAUAGGUGAAUUCUUUUAACAAAGUAAUCAAAUACAUAUUGUGAAUUGUUAAGCGGCGAUUAGUUAUUUAAUUGUAAUACGAGUAUAUCAUAUUGUAUAUGACCAAAGUUAUUAAUAAUUUAGUCAUUAUGUUAAGCUAAACUUUCUGCAGAAUAUAAAUAAUAAAUAAUAUUAUGUAAAAUUACUAUAUUUUGUUCUGGAAAUUAUUUUUUUAAGAACUAUUAUACAAAUAUUAGACAUAUUUAUAUGUUGUUUUGAUGUUAGGAUUAAGUCAUAAUAUAUAACUUAUAAAUAACGAGUAAAGUUUGAGUAAUAUUUAAGGUUUAUAAUAUAAUGCUGUAAAACAAAGAGAUAUGUUUAUGGAUUGUAUUGUUUAGUAUAAUUAUAUAUUUUAAUAUCAUUACGAUCAAAAAUCGUGUAAGUAUCAUAUAUUUUAUCAAAGACGUUUUAUAUGUUUUUAUGGCAAAGUACUCUGUAUUAAUUGUUUUAAAUACUAACAAUUUUCCUAUUGAAAAUAUGUAUUUAUUGUUUAUCGUUCGAGCGUUUUAUAUUUUGUAAUAUAAUGUUUUAAAAAUACGGAUCUA